UCAUUUCAAGAACAGUGCGUUUCGGGCAGGAGGAGAGAGAAGCGCUUCGUGUCAGCUUCGCCGCUUGUUACUUUACAAAAAACACGCACUACCCGGAGAUUAUCAUUUUACAUUUGAAUUGAAUUGAAAACAAUUCCUAUCUGGGAUCGGGAUUAAAUGGGCGGUAGUGUAAAUCUGCGGUGACGUUUUUAUUUUUAUUGUUUUGGUGGAGAAAGUGAUCGGGUGCCAGCGGAGCGGUGUGGAACCGCCGCUGCUGUGACCGAUUGUCUUUGGAGAGGGUUGCUAUCUUCUGUGUGCUGCAACGGGAUUACCACUUCAACGCAAAGAUGGACCUGAAGCUGCUUUUGAUAUCUACGUUGUUAGGAGUCUUCUGCAAUGCUCAGAAAGAGGGGAAUGAGUGCAUCAGUGCAAAUGCCAGAUACUGUGGAGAGUGCAUCCAAGCUGGAGCAAAAUGUGGCUGGUGUACAGACCCGGACUUCCUAAAACCAGGCGAAGCCGUGUCGACCCGAUGCGACGAGCUGCAAUCUUUGCAGAGUAAAGGUUGUAGAGAUAGGUUGAUAGAGAACCCUCGUGGAGAAAAGAGGAUCCUCAGAAACAAAGCAGUGACCAACCGAAGAAAAGGAGCGGGGAAACUAAAGCCGGAAGAAAUCACCCAGAUACAACCUCAGAAGCUCAGUCUCACUCUCAGAUCAGGUGAGCCUCAGUCUUUCAACCUAAAGUUCAAGCGGGCAGAAGAUUACCCCAUCGACUUGUACUACCUGAUGGACCUUUCAUACUCCAUGAAAGACGAUCUGGAGAACGUCAAGAACUUAGGAACCAGUUUGAUGCUAGAAAUGUCAAAAAUCACAUCUGACUUCAGGAUAGGUUUUGGUUCUUUUGUGGAGAAGACAGUCAUGCCAUACAUCAGCACCACCCCGGCUAAAUUGUUGAACCCGUGCACGGGUGACCAGAACUGCACCAGCCCGUUCAGCUACAAAAACGUCCUGAAGCUCACCAGUGAUGGGAAAAGGUUCAACACCCUGGUGGGCCAGCAGCAUAUUUCGGGAAACCUGGACUCUCCUGAGGGUGGAUUCGAUGCCAUCAUGCAAGUGGCUGUUUGUGGGGAGCAGAUCGGGUGGAGGAACGUGACUCGCCUUCUGGUGUUUUCCACUGACGCUGGCUUCCAUUUUGCAGGAGAUGGCAAGCUCGGUGGCAUCGUACUGCCAAAUGAUGGAAAAUGUCAUUUGGAGAAUAACGCGUACACCAUGAGCCACUACUAUGACUAUCCCUCCAUUGCUCACUUGGUUCAGAAGCUGAGCGAUAACAACAUUCAAACCAUAUUUGCUGUCACUGAGGAGUUCCAGCCUGUUUACCAAGAGUUGAGAAAUCUGAUACCAAAGUCUGCAGUGGGCACGCUCUCUGCUAAUUCAAGCAAUGUUAUCAACCUUAUUAUCGAUGCUUACAAUUCGCUCUCGUCUGAGGUCAUACUGGAGAAUAGCAAGCUUCCAGAGGGGGUGACCAUUGCUUACACAUCCCGCUGUAAGAACGGACUAAUCACUGAGGGUGAAAAUGGACGAAAAUGCUCCAAUAUUUCAAUUGGAGAUGAGGUCUUUUUUACCAUCAGUGUGACAUCUCUGGGCUGUCCAAAGCAAGGGAAACCUGAAACUAUCAAGAUAAAGCCAUUGGGAUUUACAGAGGAAGUCGAGAUUAUGCUCAACUUUAUCUGUGAGUGCGAAUGCCAUAAAGAGGGCGUCGCCAAUAGCGACAAUUGCCACUUUGGGAACGGGACCUAUGAAUGCGGCGCCUGCAAGUGUUAUGAUGGACGCGUGGGCAAACAGUGUGAAUGCAGCAGCAACGACGUGGCCACAGAGGACAUGGACCGCACCUGCCGUAAAGACAACGGCACCGACAUAUGCAGCAAUAAUGGCGACUGUGUGUGCGGCACGUGCGAGUGCAAGAAGAAAGACCAUCCGGAAGAGCGUUACAGCGGACAGUACUGCGAAUGUGAUAACUUUAAUUGUGACCGAUCAGGAAGCAAACUGUGCGGAGGGCACGGCCGCUGCGAUUGCAGAGUGUGCAUAUGCGACCACAUGUGGACUGGGAGCGCCUGUGACUGUUCUCUGGAUACCAGCACAUGUCUGGCAAGCAACAAGCAGAUUUGCAACGGCAGAGGGACAUGUGAUUGCGGCACUUGCAAGUGUACCGACCCUAAAUUUCAGGGUCCCACCUGCGAAACGUGCCCUACCUGCCCGGGAGUGUGCACUGAGCACAAGGAGUGCGUCCAGUGUCGGGCAUUUGGUACAGGUGAGAAGAAGGAAACGUGCGAACGCGACUGCAGCUAUUUCAACUUGAUCAAAGUGAAGGACAGGGACAAGCUGCCUCAGCCCAACGACGCUUCUUACCCUGUGAUGCACUGUAAGGAGAGGGAUGCCAACGACUGCUGGUUCUACUACACCUACGCUGUCAACAACAAUACAGAAAAGGAGGUCCAUGUGGUUGAAACUCUUGAUUGUCCGGCCGGUCCUGAAAUCAUACCCAUCGUGGUGGGUGUCGUCGCAGGCAUCGUCCUCAUCGGUUUGGCUCUACUGCUCAUCUGGAAGCUGCUGACAAUCAUCCACGAUAGAAAAGAGUUUGCCAAAUUUGAGAAGGAGAAGAUGAACGCCAAGUGGGAUACGCAAGACAACCCCAUAUACAAGAGUCCUAUCAAUAAGUUCCAGAAUCCAAACUAUGGACGUAGAGCUGAUGUCCUUUAAGGCGAAAAUCCCAUCUACAAAAGUGCUGUUACGACUGUGGUCAAUCCCAAAUAUGAAGGCAAAUGAGGAAGAAGAAUUUGACAUUUUUGCUGUACGUUCGGCUUCUGAGGAGGAUUGUUGUUUCCUAUUGUUGCUUGGUCAUUACAAUGCACAUGCGUCUGUAUUUUUUAUUAACACGUAUUUAUAUGCUUUUGUUGUAUUUUAGAUGUACAGUAUGUGUAUAUACUUUUCAAAUUUCUUAGAGGUUUAUGAAUCGAAGUUGUUUUUCUAUCCUGCCAAAGGUCUGGUACGGGCAUUUCAUUUCACUUGUUUUACCAGCAGAAGGUGAAUAUCAUCCAAAAUAAUUCAUGCCCUAGAAAUAAUCAGCUUCUUAAAUGUCACGCUCAUCUGCCAUCUUGUAUGCUAUUUCCUCUUGUGUCUUUCUGCACUGACUGUCUGUGGUGUCCUUCUACAUAUGUGACAAGACCUGAGGUGUUUUGGAUGUUUAUGUAAAUCAUCAGCCACAGCAGCACAUCAUGCCACAUCAUGUGUAUAUCUUGAAAAACAAAUGCAAUAGAAGUUUAGUUGAGAAUUUUGGUUAAGUUUUUGUGCUGCAAAAGUGAAUAAAUAUUUGUAAAUGUAGUUUGGACUGCAGCUCAGACAUAAUGAAGUUUUAUUGCACUCACGAGUUUUUCAUAUUUUGAAGGAACUACACCAUAAUAUAAAUGUUUAAUAUCAACAAAACAUUUGUAUGCUUUGUUGAUAUGCUAUCACAAAUGGACUGUAUACCACUCGUAAAAAUCAUUUGAUGGCGAUGUUGAGUCAAAGGAUUUAUGUUGUUUUUAUAAACACUACCAAUUGUAAUACAUCUAAUUUACCAAUACGACUGACUCAUUUAUUCUCAGGUCUUUCCUAUGAUUUUUUUUUUGUUUUGCCAAAAACUCCCAAAAAUAUCUUCCUUUGUGAACUUCAUUGUCAGUCGUACUUUGUUUUGUUUUGCAAAAAUAUUUUAUCAUUCACCUUAAUGCCUCAGAAGCACCACACAUGCGCCUUUACAGUAUUUUUUUUUUUUGAAAAGUGCCUUUUAUUUCAAUCACCAUGUUCUCUCCCUUAUGCUGUAAUGACUUAUUUAUUAAAUAAACUCCCAAAACACUG